CUUCCGGUUUCUUCGCCAGAGAGACAGAAAAGCUCUCAGGUGCUUUCUGUCCGAUUUUCCCGCCUUCCACGCUGAUUGGGAGAGAAUAACCCCGCCUCCUCAGUCCUUUCGGGUCUGAUUGACACAAGCUUCCGCAGCGCGUACGGGAUCCCUUUCGACCCUCUUCGGCUUCCGUAGGUAGCAUUUCCGGCGUGUGGGCUUGGCAGUUCGGAAGUGAUUGAGAGAAGGGACUGAAUUGGAAACGCCGGAGGGAGGCCAAGAUGUUGGUGCUGGUGUUGGGAGACCUUCACAUUCCCCACAGAUGCAACAGCCUGCCUGCAAAAUUCAAGAAACUGCUGGUUCCAGGAAAGAUCCAACACAUCCUUUGCACUGGAAACCUCUGUACAAAAGAGAGCUAUGACUACCUCAAGACCCUGGCUGGUGACGUUCAUGUCGUUAGAGGGGACUUUGACGAGAAUCUGAAUUAUCCAGAGCAGAAGGUUGUCACUGUGGGGCAGUUCAAGAUCGGACUGAUCCACGGCCACCAAGUCAUUCCCUGGGGCGAUGUAGCCAGCCUGGCGUUGCUGCAAAGGCAGUUCGAUGUGGACAUCCUCAUUUCGGGACAUACACACAAAUUUGAGGCGUUUGAACAUGAAAACAAGUUCUACAUCAACCCUGGGUCAGCAACAGGCGCCUACAGCGCUUUGGAGAACAACAUCAUUCCUUCCUUUGUGUUGAUGGAUAUCCAGGCCUCCACAGUUGUUACUUACGUUUAUCAGCUGAUCGGUGACGAUGUGAAAGUAGAAAGAAUCGAGUACAAGAAAUCUUAAAGCCAGCUACUCCUUGCGAGUUUAUGCUUCAGUCUCCCUUUUCCUCUUCUUGCAAUAUGCACUAAAAAGGUCUGCAGUGUUUGCAAUAUUAUUUUAGCCUACGAAACUAAUCUUUCCCUUGUUGUAGGCAGGCGAAUGAGUACGUGGCAUCUUAAAGUCUGUCUUGGCUUUCUUUGUUUCAACCAUAAGAAAAAGCUCAAGCUUGUAAAUACUGUUCAAAAUGCUUGGUAGAAUUUCUUCUGUUCACACAAACCGUUCCCAAUCUUGUAAUAAAUAUUUGUUUAAUUUG